AUGUUUAGACCAAGACUAAUACCCAGACGACCAUUCAUAUCAAAUUCACACGUGGUAUUGCAUAGGUGUUCAAGUGGCCAGCAGAGACGCACAUUCAAACUAUCUGCCAAUGCAGCUGCCGGAUUAAAAUCAUACGGCACAUUAAUCAACAUUCUUGCUGGUGCGUAUAUAGGAGGGUUGAUAGUAUCACUAGGGUCGUUCUACUUCCUAUACCACGACGCAAAUGAGCGCCAAACUAUACCAUUUGAGCUAAGUUUCGGGGAUCAAAUAGAAGCGGUCAAGGCGAUAAACAAAGACGAUGUUUUACACAAGCCAAGUUAUGCAGUUAAACAUUAUCGCAAGAUAUUGUUUGACUUGGCCAAACAAGUCGAUCCUAGUAUAAAGGAAUCGCAGUUUGAAAACUACAAUGUGCCCAUAAUUGACUCACAGGUUUUGGUGUAUGACAAAUCCAACAAGUUUGCAAAUUUUUACAUUGACAUGAUUUUGAGAUACAGCAAAGCCCUAUUAGCGAAAGGCGAAUUGGACGCUUCGAUUGUAACAUUGAGAAAAAUCAUUGAUGAUGACUUGGUCUACUACAAGUUGGGGGACGCCGAGAGGUUGUCGGAGUGUAGUCGAUUACUAGCCAGAGUAAGUCAAGAUUCUAAUGAUAGGAUCCAUAUUUUACAAAGAUCUAUUGACAUGUUGACGAAAACGUACUCGUCUAUUCAACUCAAUGACGACUACACUUUGAGACAAAAUAGCAAAAUUUCAGAUGAAUUGAUAAACUGUUUGAACGAUAUGGCAUUCCAGUUGGCUAAAUUGUCAAAGGUUGGGUCAAACAAGAAGGAGAAAAAGACAUUCCUCAAUGAGUCACUUGCAAUAUACUUGUCUACUUUGCAAUCUUUGACAAGCAUUAGAGAAAAGUUGGAAGCCCGUCUCUCCAAUCAGUCACAUUAUCCAUUGUUUAAUGUUGAUCGAGAAAAUUUGAUAACUCAAAUCUGCUCCAUUAAAGCUCACGUAAGUGAAAUCCUUUGGGCUCAGGGCUUUAAACAAGAUGCUAUUAACUGGUCAGAAGAAAUUUUGAAUGAAUUAUACUACGACCAUGCAUCGUCACACAAGGUAUCUCCUAUUCUUGAGAAUGUGUUGAAUAAUUUGACUGAUAUGUAUUCGAGUCAAAAAAUGCAGACAGAUAUUGAAAGAUGUCAGCGAUUGAAGUCUGAUUUGAAGGGAUCCAAAAUGGCGGACGAUAUGGAUGAUAAACUUAACAACUGGUAUGAGGCUGUCAUCAAUAGAUGGAGUCGAAUCAUGUAUGACCAGGGUCCUUUGGGUAUUAUAUUAGUCCCCUUGCAAGAGCGUUAUGGACCUGCAAAAAAGAUAAGAGAGUUAGAAGAGAUAGAGAAGGAAGACGAGUUGUGA